AUGUAUAAAAUAGACGGACUUCUAUUAGAUAAUCGUCCUGAAACGUGCUCAUCUACUCCUUUUCCAUCUAGUUCUGCUUCCAGACCUUUAUUUGUCCAUACACCCCAAGCUUCUCCUUCCUAUUCACACGAUUCCCAAGCUUCUGUCGAUUUACAACGUUACCAACCUUAUCCUGCAUAUUCACAUGAUUCCCAAGCUUUUGGCUACUCACAACAUUCCCAACCUCCUCAUGUCGAUUCACAACAUUACCAAAGAGCUUCAGCCUAUGCACCCAGUUCCCAAUCAUCUCCUCUCCAAGUCCAAAUACUACAAGCCCCAUUACAAAAAGCUCAUCGCAGUACUCCAUAUAGUUCCAAGUCUAUUUAUGCACAAAGUUCUCAACCAUCUUCUCUCCAUAUCCACGUGCUAAAAGCUCCACUGCAAGAUAAUCAUCGCACUACUCCAUACAGUCCCCACCCUUCUCCUGCACAAAUUUAUCAUCCUUCUCCUCUCCAUCUAGAACCCACUCUACUAGAAGGAGUACCUCUAUCUACAACAAAGAAAGUAGCCGAAGAAAAACUUCAAAUAAAACAAACUUGCUACAGAAAAAGUAAAGGAUAUUGUACCAACGAUUUAAUAUUAGGACUCAUAAAAAAAACAGUAUUUCCACUAAAUACAUCAUUUGGUGGUGAUACCAACGAAAUACCUUCUAAUAUAGCUGCUGUAGAGACAAUGUCAGAUCAGGUUGAGACUAAAGAAGCUGCAGUUUCUACAGCAUGUAUAACAGAACAGAAAAGAGCCAUUUCCAAAGCGAAAAAACUACGAGGAGCAAAUACUGCAGUGGUGCAGUAUGAAGAAUAUGUCAAGUUUUUAGAAAAUGACGAAAUAUUUAGAACUGGAACUAUUAAUCCAUCUGUAGCGGAAAAUUAUAUUAAACAAAAGUGGGAAGAAUUAACCACCAAAUUAAACGCUAAAUCGAAGGGCCCACAAUUAAAUACAGAUAAAUGGAUUCAAAGAUUCUCUGAUUGGAAACAUAGUACUAGGUUCAAAUACCGAAAAUAUCUGGUAAAUAAAAAUAAAACAGGAGGAGGACCUGAGGUGAAAAAUCCAUUGAGUAGUCUUGAGGAACGAGCCAUUAAUGCUUGGGGAAAAGUAGUUGUAGAAGGCAGCUCUCUUGUGCCAGAUUGUAUUGCGAGAUUAUUCAAAACAUUCCAUCAACUUCCCUCUCUUUUAAUGAAAAUAUAA